GGAUCGAAUCCAUGAAGUAAGUUCCUAUUACACGAUCGUAGUUGAUUCGGUAGUUUUUCAAAUAUAAUAAAACAUGUCUCUGCCGGAUAGUCAGCGCAUUUGGCAAAAGUACAAUAGGUCCGACGGUGUAUCGAGUGUUUCGGGCGGUCAUGUUCCCACUACUUACAGCCAAGGAGGUGGAGAUUCGCCAAUCCAAAUUCAAAGCCAGAAACAGCGAUCAAUGGAGGCCAGUAAACAGAUGGUUUAUGGCGUCUACGGGAACGUGAUCAGCAUAAUCGAGGAGCAUGAGAAGCGCGAAUCCCCAAACAAGCGUCUGGCAAUAUCUGACAUUCAAAUCCCUGACCAGUCGCGGAAGGGAAAUGACGACAUUGAAAGCAUUGUCGAGACGCAGCUUUUACUGUUCGAAACCCAGCUAAAAACUUGCCCCGGCGAAGUGCGUGAUCAACUGGGUGAAGAACUUAAGCAGAAGACAAUAAAAUGGUGUUCAGUUCGCCACGGGCAGGAGCACGACAAGACGGACAAGUUCAUCGCUCAACUGUACGAGAUUCUAGCGAGAGGGCGCACACAGCAUGCAUUUCAUUCACGGCCAAGGCCGAACAUUAACGCCGAAGUCAUGCGUGAGAACAUCCCCCAUCUGAUGCGGGGAAAACAUGAUCAGUCGACCCUUGACCAAAGUUUCCAGCAUGAUACGAGCCGCAAGGCUGUCGCUCCUAAUGUCAGAGCCGGUGCGGCGGACAGUCUUCAAAGGGGUAGCGAACGCCUUGCAGAAAUCAAGCCGGACCUGAAAGGCUCGCUCAGAGGAUACAUGACUCAACCUAGUUUGCUUUAAAUUCAAUAUCAGAAAACUAUGAAAUUCCUAAUAUGCAGACUAUAUGUUUAAUAAUAUUAUUGGUGCAUUUACUGAUUGACUAUACGUGGCUUAUAUAAAGAGUUGACUCUUUUUUUCCUGUUGUAAGUGUGAAUGAUUGUAUUGUUCAUGAUAAGUUAUGUUACUUAUAUGGAAUGUAAUCGAUGAGUGCUGUUGCU